UAGUUUGGCUAAUGGUGUUCAGGGCUUAUUCUAAUAGGGUAUUUAUCCUUGGAGGUCCCCGUCCAAAUCGUGCUAUAGUGUGAAAGAGUCCGAAGUCCAAAGUCCGAUUCUUACCUUGUUCCGUUCGACGAUUCCUUAAUUAGGCACUUCUCCUUCAUAUUUCGCAUACUGAAAGAUUAUUCGAUACCGUAGAAUCCAGGCAAGAUUUGUUGGAUUAAGCUGAACAGACAUGACUGAACAAGCCAUGGAUAUCAACGAUGGGGAGGAUGAAGUUUCAGUUUCUUCUCCCAUCCUAAAUUCCAUUGAUUCUCAGGAGAAAGAAGUUCUUGCACCUGAAGAUGUUGCCUGGGCUGAUUCCUGCCUAAUUGAAGAUACUGAUACUUUAGAAAGUACAUGGAAUCCUCUGAAAAAUGCUUUACUUGAGAUUAUUAGUUCUUCAACAGAAUCUUUUAACACUGAUGGAGGAGCUGAUAUUGAGAUUCUUCCCUCAACCAAGGAGAGCAAGAAUACAGGGUUUGAAAGAAUUGGUAAUGAUUUUUCCCGUGUCAGUAAGGCUGCUGAAAGAAGUACUGAUAGUGUUCAGGACGACAAUAUGGAUUACACACAGCCAUCAUCUUCCUUUGAGGAAAAUCUAAUGCCAGUUUCUGAAGGAACCAUGCAAGCAAGUAACCUACAUAUUGACAUGGAGCACUCUUCUGUGUCUUCUUCAACUUAUAAUGCUCUACCAAUCAGUGUAGCAACUGCAAAUACUGAUGAUAUUCCGGACAAUGAAAGGACUGAAACCCUGUCUUCUCUAGCCUUUCAGGGAAAUCCUUUUCUGCCAACUUACAAUGAAGACCUGAGAGUUAAUGAAACCAUGGAUUCGGCACUUAAUCUGGAUUUAUUAGCUCAUGACAUGGAGCAAUCAUCUGAUGACAUCUUCAAAAUCUGGGAUUUGAAUAUUCCAACAGAGGAAGACGAAUUUGAUAAACAGUUGAACAAAGCUUUGGCAACAAAUUCCUUACGAAUGACGCCAUCAUCUCUUGGUGAUUCAGAGCAGUGGAAAGUUUCGGGGCAAGGAUCAGCUGGUUAUCUUGUUUCUUCUGAUAAUUCAGAGCAGUUGAAUGUUUUGGAGCAAGGGCCACUUGAUUAUGUCAUUGAAGGCUUCGCCGACAUGUCUUUGAAUAGCUAGUUAAUUUUUUUUUUUUAGCACUCCCUAUGAGAUUCUUCUAUGCCACUAAAAUUAUUGUACUGCAAAUUUAACAAAAUAAAUUCCUUUUCUUCU